GCUAAAGAAAUAUGUAAUGUAAACAAUAAUGUAAAUAAUGAUGUAGCAGAUAUGUGACGCAAAGUUUUGUUGUGUGGAAUUUAUAGGAAAACAUCUCUUGUGUGAUGUCUGUUUGCGGCGGUGGUGUGUUUUACGAGGUGUCACUGAAGGCAGCUCGACGAGCAGUACAGGCAGGCAGGAUGCAGAGCAGAACAACAGACAAGUACAGUUCAGGUCUCCAUGCGGACAAAACCCAGCCAAAAUUCCUUUAAUUUUUUUCAUUUUUUUAAGCCACAACCGACCGUCGUCUUGCUCGGUACCGACUCCAACCGGACCCGGCUCCAACGUCGCGUCUUGGACGAUGGAAUCUCACGUUCUCCCGGUCCAUAUCCGCCCUCAGCGGCUCCAACCGGGCAUCGGCUUCGGUUCGGGGCCGACCGUCGGCGGGACGCUGCGCUCCUCCUCCUCCUCCGCCGCCUCUUCGUCUCUCCGGCCCGGGGUGACGGUGCCCAUCCCUCCGCUGUUGCCCUCGCCGCCGUCGCUGGCUGCCUGCUCGGGGCCUCCGCCGCCGCCGCCGCCGCUCCAGCUCCACAGUCUGUACGGGGGUGGGGGAGGAGGUGGAGCCGGCCUGGGUCUCCCCGCCGCCGGCCACGCUAACCCGGGGAACCCGGCGGUGCUGAAGGAGGCGGUGGAGGCGGUGGUCCGCAGCUUCGCCAAACACACGCAGGGCUACGGUAGAGUGAACGUGGUGGAGGCCUUGCAGGAGUUCUGGCAGAUGAAGCUGAGCCGCGGCGCCGACCUGCGCAACGGAGCGCUGGUGGUGUACGAGAUGGUGGCGUCCAGCAGCCCGCCGUACAUCUGCUACGUGAGCCUCCCGGGGGGCAGCUGCUUCGGAAGUUUCCAAUUCUGUCCCACCAAGGCCGAGGCCCGACGCAGCGCCGCCAAGAUCGCCCUGAUGAACUCGGUUUUCAACGAACACCCGUCCCGCCGCAUCACCGACGACUUCAUCGAGAAGAGCGUCAGCGAGGCCUUGGCUUCCUUCAACGGAAACCGGGAGGAAGCCGACAACCCGAACACGGGAAUCGGGGCGUUCCGCUUCAUGCUGGAAUCCAACAAAGGAAAAUCGAUGCUGGAAUUUCAGGAGCUGAUGACCGUCUUCCAGCUCCUCCACUGGAACGGAAGCCUGAAAGCCAUGAGGGAGCGCCAGUGCUCCCGCCAGGAAGUGCUGGCCCACUACUCGCACCGGGCCCUCGACGACGACAUGCGCACGCAGAUGGCGGCCGACUGGGUGAACCGCGAGCAGAGCGUGGCGAGCACCGUCUCCGCCGAGCUGGCGGCCACCGAGCGCGAGCUGGAGGAGGCGCGGCUGGCCGGCCGCGAGCUGCGCUUCUACAAGGAGAAGAAGGACAUCCUGAUGUUGGCCGUGGGGCAGCUGAGCGCCGCCAACGCCGCCACGCUGCCCUCGCACUAAAAGAUCGCUCGGGUAACACCACGUGAGAAUUCGUACUGAAUCACAUCCAGCCAGGAAGCAAGCCAUAAGUAAUCGCUCGCUACCUUUUGGUGCCUAACAGCGUUUGUUUCCGUCACAAUUUUCGAACCAGCUGGCUGGAGUUGACCUUUUUUUUUUUUUCGGUCUCGUCUCGUACCGCCGCCGCCUUUCGUCGGCGAAUGUAAAAGCCCAUUCAAACAUGUUGCCGAGGCAUCGAUUCCGGGGGAGGGGAGACGUUUCUUCUAGAAUAAUUGCGAACAAUGUUACAGUUUACAAUGCGCGUCAAGUCAAAGUGGAGUUUAAAAUGACGAGCGUAAAGUGGGGGAUGGGGACCUGCCCCCUCCGUAGAGAUUGUGGCAAAGUACCCCUUUGUUUUCUAAAUGAAGCACCUCAACUCACCGCAACAUAGUUCCUUAUCACCGAAACAGGCAGCGAAGCACUACUUUUGUCUAGCUGCAGCUACUCAAUACACUUAAACAUAGUUCCUUGGCACUGAGGUGGUGGCAAGGCACUACUUUUGCCCAAAUGAAGCUGGCUGUUAUUUUGGUUGGAUGAACUCAACUUUCGCCUGACAUGAAUCGCAAUGUACGUUUUCACUGCAGUAUCGAAGGACGAGGAGCAGUCCAAACGUCUGUGGUACAAAUAGGACCUUAUUUCUUUCAUGCUGCAAAUGUGAUGUUAUCUAUAUAUUUGUCCCUGCUAAUUUGAACUGUAUGUCUUCUGCGUGUCAAAAGAAUAAAUGUUUGCGUAGGCAAACCACGGAACGUCGACGCAACGGAGUAAAUUGGUAGCAUGCGUACUUACUUAAGUCGUUUCCCUCUUGUGGUACACAACAUUAGAUGAGGAUUUAGAUUUAAUCAUCCCUGCGACCACUCGGAGGCUGUUUAAUCCCUACAGUCAUUUUAGUUUGUGCAGAAAAGGGUUUAAACGGUGAACAAUAGACCGCUCACGUGAUGUAAUGCUCACUCCAUUAGGCAGCUGGAAUAUUGCUCCCAUUCAUACGCCCGGCCUUGCCUUCCACUUUAACUAUUGGAUGAUUUUAUUGUCUCACAUACGGAAUACAGUAUGUUAAUAUAAGCAGGAGAUAUGUUACGUAAGCCAUUUCUAUCUCAUUUCUUUUUAUUUUAUUAGAGCUUUUGUUCUUGUAUCAAAACCUACAGUGCAAAUAAAAAGUUCUACACACUGCUGCGAACCACGGCUUGUACCGGAAGACUGCGAGAAAAUGUCAGGAAAAGCCAACUGGAACAUCUGAACUUUAUUUGCGGUUAAUCAGAGGCACUUAAAACGAGGGCAGGUGUGUGCUGACUCCCGUUUAAGUUUUGAAAUGAUUUAUCUUGGUCUCAUUUUUUGAUAUCACAAAAUCUGGCAAUUGAGCAUGGGUGUGUAGACUUCUUAUAGGUACUAUAUAUUUUGCCUUUGGUGCAUGAUGUUUCUAUUAUGGCUUUUAACCGAACAGUAUUGGUUAUUUUGCAAAGGAUUUCUCAAGGUCAUCAUUGUGUGUAUUUUGUAUGCGCAUUUUUGUAUUCAGUGUUUAUACAUUUAUUAGAUUUAUAUAUAAUAAA